AACCGCGCCGCCGCCGCACUCGGUCUUCUGCGUCGUGAACGAGCACGUAGAAACGACGUUGACGUGAGGCUUCAAGAUGGCGGAAGCCUUGACGAGUCAGGAGGAACUGGCGGUGGAGGAGUUCCUGAGUGAGGUGCGUAGCAGGGAACAUCCCCACAGUGCUGCUCUGGUCUCUCAGCCGACCGCCGUCAAGUUCCUCAUGGCGCGCAAGUUUGAUGUCUCCCGAGCAAUAGACCUCUUCCAGGCAUACAAGAACACGAGGAUUAAGGAGGGCAUCUUCAACAUUAACCCAGAAGAGGAACCUCUCCGUUCUGAACUGCUCAGCGGAAAGUUCACCGUCCUGCCUGGUCGUGAUGCUAAGGGUGCUGCUCUGGCUCUGUUCACCGCUCGUCUCCACCGCUCUGACGUCACUACCCAUAGGGCUGUGCUGCAGGCCAUCAUCUUUCAGCUGGACAAAGCCAUCGAGAGUGUUGACACCCAGAGAGAUGGUUUAAUAUUCAUCUAUGACAUGACCAACUCCAGCUAUGGGAACUUUGACUAUGAGCUCUGUGUCAAGAUCCUCGACCUCCUCAAGGGUGCGUUCCCAGCUCGUCUGAAGUGUGUGUUCAUCGUGUCUUCUCCUCUCUGGUUCAGAGCUCCCUUCGCCGUCCUCAGACUCUUCGUACGUGAGAAGCUGAGAGAGAGGGUGUGUACAGUGAAGGCCCACGAGCUGUCCAAUUACAUCCCAGUCUCUUCUCUUCCGGAACACCUGAACGGAACCUCCCGGUACAGCCACGUUGCCUGGAUACAGUCCUGCGUCAACACACACACCGCCCCAGGCGACGCGAGCACACACCCGCACGACACACACGACUGCGUGGGCAGCCUGUUGCUCUCGUACAGCCUGGAGCCUCACAACGCUAACGCCGCCGCUACGUUAGCCGCUACGCAAACCUCCAUAGACUCCCACUCAGAUUUGCCGCUGCUGUUAGCCUCCGAGCUAGCGUUAGCUGCUACGGCUAACUCCAACUGCUACGACGACAGUAAUGCUAACCCACACGUCCACUGUGACACAGUGAACGGCAGGACUCGAGGCCGGGCCCAGAACAGCCCCCAGAGCUCUGGACUACAGAGGAAUCACCAACAUUGGAACGGUUCUGCCCGUAACUACGGGGUCAAGGCAGGGUUGGGGGUUAAUAACGUUGUUGGGGUUGUUAGCGGCGCUAGCCCCAAUGCUAACAGCGUGAAUGGUCGCCAGCCCCCUCCCCAGUCGGACACGCCCCCGGACACACCCCUCCACCACAAAGUAGUAGGAAUUACGAUGAGUGUCGGGUCAGAAACCCUCGACGACGGAACAGCGAACAAGGAAGAGCGGGAAGGAGAGGAGGAAGAGGAUGAGGUAGAUGGGGUGCCUCCUCUCCCUCAGAAGUCUCUCCCACGCCACCCUCAACCCCCGCCGUCACUCUGCGGCGCGUCACAGCCGGACGAGGACCCUUGUCCCCGGGAAGAGGUGUCCGUACACAUGCCUGACGGGGUAGGGAUGAACGUGUUGGAGCUGGUGGAGCACGUGAAGAAGAGGAAGAAGAAAGGAAUCUACCAGGAGUAUGAAGAGAUACGCAAGGAGCCUCCUACUGGUAGCUUUGACUACAGCAAAAAGCUGUCCAAUCAGAUCAAGAACAGGUACAGUGAUGUCCUCUGUCUGGACCAAUCACGUGUCAGACUCUGCCAGCUCUGUGACGACGAGGACGAGACGUCAGACUACAUCAAUGCUAGUCUUAUGGACGGCUACAAGAGGAGCAACGCUUAUAUCGCAACUCAGGGUCCUCUGCCGAAGACAUUUGGUGAUUUCUGGCGCAUGGUGUGGGAGCAGAUGGUGCUGAUAGUUGUCAUGACUACCAGGGUGGUAGAGCGUGGGAGAGUAAAGUGUGGUCAGUACUGGCCGAAAGAGGAGGGGACAACGGAGCAGCAUGGACACUUCCUGGUUAGGAACACAUCCAUCCAGCUGUAUCAGGACUUCAGACUGUCUCACCUGGAACUAUACAACAGCCAGACAGGUGAGAGGAGGGAGGUCUCCCACUACCUGUAUGUCAGCUGGCCAGACUUCGGUGUGCCCAAGUGUGCGUUGGCCAUGUUGGAUUUCCGUGAGCACGUGCAGCAGCGGCAGGAGGCGGCGCUGAGGAGUCUGGGAGCUGAGUGGGUGGGACCCCCAGGUGGGCCACCGCUGGUCGUACACUGCAGCGCAGGUAUCGGACGCACAGGUACGUUCUGUACCCUGGACAUCUGUCUGUCCAGGCUGGAGGACAUUGGGACGGUGGAUGUGUGUGAGACAGUGAGGAGGAUGAGGACCCAGAGAGCCUUCAGUAUACAGACCUGGGACCAGUAUUACUUCUGCUACACGGCCGUCAUCGAGUACGCACAGCGACGCGGAAAACUGACCCCGGUACAGUGGUCCGAUUCAGACCUAGAGACAGACAGCGAGUGACGGGAAUGGGAUGGGUGGAGGAUGGAAUGAACGCAGGCUGAGAGAGGGAGGGAAACAGGAUAUGUCCCAGGAAGAGGAAGAGGGUGGAGGAUGGAAACAGGAUGUGUCCCAGGAAGAGGAAGAGGGUGGAGGAUGGAAACAGGAUGUGUCCCAGGAAGAGGAAGAGGGUGGAGGAUGGAAACAGGAUGUGUUCCAGGAAGAGGAAGAGGGUGGAGGAUGGAAUGAACGCAGGCUGAGGGAGAUGGAGGAGGGAUGGAAACAGGAUGUGUUCGAGGAAGAGCGUGUGAAAGCUAAACGACUCUUUGAGUUACUCCCCCAAAUCAUGAGGAGGAGAAGAAGAUGAGAUGUAUCAACGAUUGAUUGAUUGAUUGAUUGAUUAAUUGAUUGAUAGAGCAGUAUCCUGCCAUUUAGUAUGUAGUGGGGCAGCUCUGAGCUAAGAGGAGCUCUCCUGGCCUGGCCUGUCCUGUUUCUCCCAUAGAGCUAAGAGGAGCUGGCCUCUCCUGUCCUGGCCUGGCCUGGCCUGGCCUGUUUCUCCCAUAGAGCUAGCUAGAGGGCUCUGCUUUGCACCUGUGCGACAAUGUCUUGUGUGACAGCAUGUGCUGCACCAUAGAGGUCUGUCUAAGUCUAUGGUCGCUCUCCCUAUCCCUAGUCGUACAUCCUAGUGACAAUGGCCCCCUGGACUGUCACCAUAGAGGUCUGUCUAAGUCUAUGGUCGCUCUCCCUAGUCGUACAUCCUAGUGACAAUGGCCCACUGGACUGUCACCAUAGAGGUCUGUCUAAGUCUAUGGUCGCUCUCCCUAGUCGUACAUCCUAGUGACAAUGGCCCACUGGACUGUCAACCUUCUUUUUGACUUCUUCUUCUUCUUCUGUCUUUUAUUGGCCUUUAGUUCUAUGGUGAUGCAUUUCCUGUUCCUGUUUUUUGACUUUUCACCCCGUUUAGGUAAUGAAACCCCUCCGCAAGCCAAAGCCGCCGACUCCCUGAAUGCUUGAACGUACUGAUUUUAUAUGGAGACAUGAGGAGCAUUAACACCCUGUAUAUUCCUGUAACAUACAUGUAUAUAUAAUAAUAAUAAUAAUGUCUAAUGGAGGAAGAUGAAGGACGACAACAAGCCUUGUUUUAAUAUAAUUCUCUCUAACCUUGGGUCAAUAACAAGCCUUGUUUUAAUAUAAUUCUCUCUAACCUUGGGGUCAAUAACAAGCCUUGUUUUAAUAUAAUUCUCUCUAACCUUGGGGUCAAUAACAAGCCUUGUU